GCCUGUCGGAGAGGCAUCAGCAGGCGGGCGGCGUUGCCUUUGUGUGUUUCGCUUCGAGGUGCCAGAGACCCUCCCCACAAUCGUCCGCCGCGUCCCCUAGCGGCCCUCGGCCCCUCCUCUCGGCGUCCCCAGCCCCCCUGUUCAGCUCCGCGUGCCAUUUCGGGGAUCGCUGGUUCGCUCCCCACGGCGCCAGGAGGAGGGGCGAGGGCCGGCAGCCCCCUCCCCCGCGCGCGGCGCAGGAGCCGAGCCCAGCCCAGGGGACCCGCCGCCGCCGGUCAUGUGGGCCGGACUGAUCCUUCGGGCCGCCUGUGUCGCGCUCCUGCUGCCGGGGGCCCCAGCCCGAGGCUACACCGGGAGGAAGCCGCCCGGGCACUUCGCGGCCGAGAGACGCCGGCUGGGCCCCCACGUCUGCCUCUCUGGGUUCGGGAGUGGCUGCUGCCCUGGCUGGGCGCCCUCUAUGGGUGGUGGGCACUGCACCCUGCCCCUCUGCUCCUUCGGCUGUGGGAGUGGCAUCUGCAUCGCUCCCAACGUCUGCUCCUGCCAGGAUGGAGAGCAAGGGGCCACCUGUCCAGAAACCCACGGACCAUGUGGGGAGUACGGCUGUGACCUUACCUGCAACCAUGGCGGCUGUCAGGAGGUGGCCCGAGUGUGCCCUGUGGGCUUCUCGAUGACGGAGACAGCUGUUGGCAUCAGGUGUACAGACAUUGACGAAUGUGUAACCUCCUCCUGCGAGGGCCACUGUGUGAACACAGAAGGUGGGUUUGUGUGCGAGUGUGGGCUGGGCAUGCAGCUGUCUGCCGACCGCCACAGCUGCCAAGACACUGACGAAUGCCUAGGGACUCCCUGUCAGCAGAGAUGUAAAAACAGCAUUGGCAGCUACAAGUGUUCCUGUCGAACUGGCUUCCACCUUCAUGGCAACCGGCACUCCUGUGUAGAUGUAAACGAGUGUCGGAGGCCAUUGGAGAGGCGAGUCUGUCACCAUUCCUGCCACAACACCGUGGGCAGCUUCCUAUGCACAUGCCGACCUGGCUUCAGGCUCCGAGCUGACCGCGUGUCCUGUGAAGCUUUCCCGAAAGCCGUGCUGGCCCCAUCUGCCAUCCUGCAGCCCCGGCAACACCCGUCCAAGAUGCUCCUGUUGCUUCCUGAGGCCGGCCGGCCUGCCCUGUCCCCAGGACAUAGCCCUCCUUCUGGGGCUCCAGGGCCCCCAGCCGGAGUCAGGACCACCCACCUGCCAUCUUCCACCCCACGACUACCCACAUCCUCCCCUUCUGCCCCUGUAUGGCUGCUGUUCACCCUGAUGGCCACCCCAGUGCCUACUCUCUCCCUGCUGGGGAACCUCAGACCCCCCUCACUCCUUCAGGGGGAGGUGAUGGGGACCCCUUCCUUACCCAGGGGCCCUGAGGCCCCCCGGCUGGCAGCAGGGCCCUCUCCCUGCUGGCACCUGGGAGCCAUGCAUGAAUCAGGGAGUCGCUGGACAGAGCCUGGGUGUUUCCAGUGCUGGUGCGAGGAUGGGAAGGUGACCUGUGAAAAGGUGAGGUGUGAAGCUGCUUGUUCCCACCCAAUUCCCUCCAAAGAUGGGGGGUGCUGCCCGUCAUGCACAGGCUGUUUUCACAGUGGUGUCGUCCGAGCUGAAGGAGAUGUGUUUUCACCUCCCAAUGAGAACUGCACCGUCUGUGUCUGUCUGGCUGGAAACGUGUCCUGCAUCUCUCCCGAGUGUCCCCCCGGCCCCUGUCAGACCCCCCCACAGUCGGAUUGCUGUACUUGUGUUCCAGUGAGAUGCUAUUUCCACGGCCGGUGGUACGCAGACGGGGCCGUGUUCACUGUGGGUGGUGACGAGUGUACCACCUGUGUCUGCCAGAAUGGGGAGGUGGAGUGCUCCUUCAUGCCCUGCCCUGAGCUGGCCUGCCCCCGAGAAGAGUGGCGGCUGGGCCCUGGGCAGUGCUGCUUCACCUGCCAGGAGCCCACACCUGCAACAGGCUGCUCUCUCGACGACAACGGGGUUGAGUUUCCGAUUGGACAGAUCUGGUCGCCUGGUGACCCCUGUGAGUUAUGCAUCUGCCAGGUGAAUGACAACCUGCUCGCCUUCAGCUGCUUUACCUGGCUGCCCCGCCUCACCCAGAGGAGACAAGCGUCCUGGCCCCUCCAGAGGCUGGCCUCAGGCUGGCCGCAGUCUCCCUCCAGUGCUGUCAAGUUCCACUUUCACAAAAAGGAUGGCUCGGUGAGCUGCAAGAGGACAGACUGUGUGGACUCCUGCCCUCACCCGAUCCGGAUCCCUGGACAGUGCUGCCCAGACUGUUCAGCAGGCUGCACCUACACAGGCAGAAUCUUCUAUAACAACGAGACCUUCCCGUCUGUGCUGGACCCAUGUCUGAGCUGCAUCUGCCUGCUGGGCUCAGUGGCCUGUUCCCCCGUGGACUGCCCCAUCACCUGUACCUACCCUUUCCACCCCGACGGGGAGUGCUGCCCCGUGUGCCGAGACUGCAACUACGAGGGAAGGAAGGUGGCGAAUGGCCAGGUGUUCACCUUAGAUGAUGAACCCUGCACCCGGUGCACGUGCCAGCUGGGAGAGGUGAGCUGCGAGAAGGUUCCCUGCCAGCGGGCCUGUGCUGACCCUGCCCUGCUUCCUGGGGCCUGCUGCUCUUCCUGUCCAGAUUCCCUGUCUCCUCUGGAAGAAAAGCAGGGGCUCUCCCCUCACGGAAAUGUGGCUUUCAGCAAAGCUGCUCGGAGCCUGCAUGGAGACACUGAGGCCCCUGUCAACUGUAGCUCCUGUCCUGGGCCCCCAACAGCAUCACCCUUGAGGCCGGUGCUUCAUCUCCUCCAGCUCCUUUUAAGAACGAACUUGAUGAAAACACAGACUUUACCUACAAGCCUGGCAGGAGCUCAUGGUCCACACUCACCUGCUUUGGGGCCGACAGGCACUUUCCCAGGGGAGCCUGGGGCCUCCCCUCGACUCUCACCAGGGCCUUCGACCCCUCCAAGAGCCCCCACUCUACCUCUAGCUUCCCCAGGGGCUCCUCAGCCACCUCCUAUGACUCCAGAGCGCUCCUUCUCAGCCUCUGGGGCCCGGAUAGCAUCCAGGUGGCCUCCUCUGCCUGCCACCCUCCUGAUGGAAGCUUCAGCACUUUCCAUGAUGGACCCCAGCCCCUCGAAGACCCCCAUCACCCCCCUCAGGCCUCGCACGCUUUCUCCCACCACCUCUAGACUCUCUACAGCCCUUGCAGCCACCACCCGCCCCGGCCCCCAGCAGCCCCCAGUGGGGGCUUCUCGUGGGGAAGAGUCCACCAUGUAAGCAGGUCACUGUGUCCGGGAGACUCUGGAGAGAGGACACUCUGCCAGUGGCCCAGGGUGUGUGCAGGGCGGCUCCAAGGGUGAACCUGGUGGGGAUGCCUGGGCUCCCUCCUGCAGGGGCCCUGGUGAGGAUGGAAGACCCCCAAGGCUGGAUGUAACCUUGUUCCCAAGAAGUGUUUGGAAUGUGUUGUAAGAAUGGAGGAAGUGGUUUCCACUGUCAGCAUCCUCCCUGGACCACGUGGCUGGCUCAUCUUUUGAGAAGGGUUGGGGCUGCCAAGUUCUCCUGGAGGAAGAGUUGUGUCCGGCUGGGAUUCCACUCACUGGGACUGUACCGCCAGGUGUCAUGCGUCCUUCUGAGGUUUCCUGAUUAAAGGUUGUCUCGGUUUCCCUA